AUGGCUGAAACUGGUGGCGGGGAUGUGCAACCAGCACAAGGUGCUGAAAAUGCUGAAGGAAACGUAAGUUUAGCAUCGUAUCAAUUGGACUUUGUGUUUAGAAUGUCGGGUUUGGAGCUGUGAUCAAGCAAACUAUUCAACGAAUGAUCUUCUUCUACUUGAUUACAACUGCAAUAAAAAGUUUUAUGGGAGGUAACCAACCUACCGCCCCUUCUUCCAAUACUCCUGGGGCUCCAGUUAAAGGAUUUCCUCCAGCUGGUAACCUGUUUAAUCCAGGACAGCCAUUUGAUCUGUUUGUAUAUUUGUCGCCACAUGAAGAAAGAUUUAGAGAAUUUGGAAAUGUGGAAUCUUUGGUUUGGAAUGAACGGAAUAUUAUCUAUGGAGAUUGGACUACCGGAGAAGCGGGUGAUGGGUCGAUUAUCAAAUCAAUGACGUUUCCAACUCCCGAAUAUUUGUUGAGAAAUCAGUCGAUUUACCUGCAUGCUUUUAUUGUGAAAGCUGGCAAAUCGAUAAACCCCAAAGAUAACAACUAUGGAGGCAAAGAAGUUGUUCAUUCAGUGUUCAGGUUGAAUCGAUACAAAAAGAAGCACUACAAGUUGACCACAAAUCUGAUUACCGGAAAGACAGAGCAGAGUGAAGAAGACCAGAAGAAGGCGGCCAAGGUGAAAUACGAAGUGUUAAACUUUUGGCAUCCAAAUAUCACGAUCAGUGUUGUUUAUGAUCAAAGUAGAUGGACCAAGGGACAGAUUCCAUCCCCAUUGGACGAGUUGAUCAGAUUUACGCCAGAAGGAUUAGAUUAUUAUCCGACUUUGUACUUUAAUGACUACUGGAAUCUCGGUAGUGAAUAUACUCCUAUCAACGAGACUGUUAAGCAAUUGAACUUGACCAUUACUUAUGCGCCGAUCUCACUGUUUAAACUUCAGCUGUAUUCUUCUCAAAAGGUAGGAUUAUUAGAAAUAAAUUUUCAAACACAUUUUGAAGUUUUUUAAAAUGGAGUAUUUUGUAAACUAAACACAAUCUCUUUUAAUAUUAUUUGCAUUUCAGCAACAAAGCAAAUGGUCUCACUUACUGGGUGAACAACAUGAGGACAACGAUGAUGAUCAAGAUACCAUCAAACAAGCUUUAUUAGAAACGUCGCCUUGGUUACUUGGUAUUACAGUAGUUGUGUCUGUUCUACACACCGUGCUAGAAUUUCUUGCCUUCAAGAACGAUAUUCAAUUCUGGAGAACCAGAAAGUCAUUGGAAGGUCUGUCAGUUCGGUCGGUUCUGUUCAACAUCUUCCAAUCGGUGAUCGUAUUCUUGUACAUUUGCGACAACGACUCUAGUUUUGUGAUCAAGAUGUCGAUUGGGUUCGGGUUAUUGAUCGAGAUGUGGAAGAUACCUAAAUGUCUGAAUGUAGAGAUCAAAUACGACGACAAGAUACUUGGUAUCAUUCCCAAGAUCAAGUUCUCCGACAAAGGAUCGUAUGUUGAGUCAGCUACCAAGGAAUACGACCAGUUGGCCUUCAAAUACCUCUCCUGGGUGUUGUUCCCACUUCUCGGAUGUUAUUGUGUCUACUCGUUGAUAUACGAAGAACAACGAGGAUGGUACAGUUGGGUGCUAGGAAUGUUGUACGGAUUCUUGUUAAUGUUUGGCUUUAUUAUGAUGACGCCUCAGCUCUUUAUCAACUACAAACUCAAGUCCGUGGCGCAUUUGCCGUGGAGAAUGUUGACUUACAAGUUUAUAAAUACCUUCAUAGAUGAUCUCUUUGCUUUUGUGAUUAAAAUGCCAACUAUGUACAGGCUGGGUUGCUUCAGGGACGACAUUAUUUUCUUGGUAAGUCUUUUUUAAAGUGACUUGUCAUUGUAAUUAUUAAUAUUGUAAUUUUUAAUUGGUAAUAUUAUGCACAAUAAUAAACAAUUUGUUCUAAUAAUUAAAUAUUUUUUCAGAUAUACAUUUACCAAAAAUGGGUUUACCCAGUUGAUCCAACUCGUGUGAACGAGUUCGGAACCUCAGCUGAACAUCCAGAAGGAGUAUCGGAAGAAGCAGAAAAGAAAUCAGAAGAGAAAGAACAGAAGGCUCUCAAGGAACCCAAAGAUGCAAAGAAAGCAGAUGAAACCAAGAAAGACAAGUGA